CUAUCCUCCAUUCGGAAGCAGUACUGUGUGUAAAUAAAGCAGACUAGACCCUACCCCCAGAACUAGGCGUUACCUCUCCGACUUUCUCCAUCAAUCACAGAGGACAGUGGCUUCUUUUGAUUAAACCCCAAAUUGUCAUUGGGCAGAGGUAAUCAUGUGACAAGCAAUACGGUCCAAUUUCAACCUUGUCUCCAUGAAAGCAAUAUAGUUUAAUGGCAUCGCUGUCCCCAUACGGCUGUAAUCAGCAAAAUUGUUGGGGAAAAAACGCUUGUCACGAAAUUUCAUAAUUUUCUCCUCGCCCACAAAAUUACGACGGGUGACUUUUCCAAGACAAGAGAGGAGAUGAAUUACGAAUUUGAGCGAGAGAGCGGUUUUAUCAAUAGUCAGCCGUCGCUUGCUGAGUGCCUGACAUCUUUUACCCCUGUGGGUGAUGCAUUUCAAAGUUCAUCAAUCAAGAACUCGACGCUUUCACAGUCGACACUGAUUCCUCCUCCUUUUGAGCAGACCAUUCCCAGCCUCAACCCGGGCAGCCACCCACGCCCCAGCCGGUCAAAGCAGAGUCUGAAUGGAGUCUGUAGCCCUCUGCCAGCCGCAUCCCUACCCCCGGAGUACCCCUGGAUGAAGGAGAAGAAAGCCUCCAAGAAAAACCACCAGACUACUGCCACAGCUACAACUCCCGACACUGCACCUCUUUACUUCUCUCCCCAAGGGUCGCCAGAGAUUGCAGAGAGUGGUGGCGGGGGUUCUCGGAGGCUGAGGACAGCGUACACCAACACCCAGCUACUGGAGUUGGAGAAGGAGUUUCACUUCAACAAGUACCUGUGCAGACCCCGGCGGGUGGAGAUAGCUGCUUUACUGGAUUUAACUGAGAGGCAGGUGAAAGUCUGGUUCCAGAACCGCAGGAUGAAGCACAAGAGACAAACCCACUGCAAGGAGAACCAGAACGGCGAGGGGACGUUCAAUAGUCUGGAGGACAGGGGAGAGGAGGACUUCGAUCAGGCUGCUAACAAUGUAGGCCUACCCGCCGGCGCGCUUCUGGAGAGGGAAAGCUACUCUUUUCACCAAAAUACCUUAACUUCACAACAACAGUCUCAGAAUGCACACAAUCACAAUGGAGAUUCCCAAAGCUCAACUGCUUCGCCUUUAAACAGCGAUGACAAAAAUCUGAAAAAUUUUCCUAACCCGGCACCCACUGUUCCUAUAUGCGUGUCAACAAUAGGCCCGGACUGCGCAUCUGGCGGGGACAAUGCCCAUUCCCCGGCCCUGGACGUCUCUUUGCAGGACUUUCACGUUUUCUCAUCGGAUUCCUUCUCUCCAAGUUUGUCAGAUUCUAUAGAUAGUCCAAUGGGUUUAUCAACUGAAGGUUUCGAUUUUUUCUCAGAAACGCUCACAACAAUCGACCUGCAACACUUGAGCUAUUAACCAUUCUAAAAGAGAAAACAGUAACUCAAACAUGUUAGUUUAGGAAGAGCCUCCUGUCUUCCAUGUCCUUACAAAUAAUUGGCUUCCGUUUUUAUUUUGAUGUAAUUGAUUGAUUGAUUAAUACAUGGCUCCAAUGAGGUAAGUUUUAAAACAAUAAAUUAAUAAAUUAAAUAGUUUGUAUGUGAUGCCAAUAUUAUGCCUACAAAGAAUGAGAAACAACAUCUUUUCAUUUUUUUUUUUGUAUAAUUUUCUGGUAGAAUGAUGUUAUAAAUAGUAUAUUUUCUUAGAAUAAAAUUUACUUAUUUACGAGAGAUAUUCAUCAUCAUGUCCUUUACUAUUUUCCAUUCACGUGAAGUUUCUAUGUUUGCAUUAGUUAAACAUUUUUUUUUUAAAGAAAGAUUUAGCAUGCAAUGGGUCGGCAAAUAAUUGUCUCAAUAUUCUUAGAAUUCUUAGGCAUAUUCUUACAAAGAAUAUUGUUGCAACAAGUGAUAUUUUUAUGAAGAAAUCUUUCCUUCAGAAUGGCAGGCGAAACUCUUUAUCCUGAAAUAUAUAAAGUCAAUUGAUUGGUGUUAAAUGGACAAUAGUGAGCAGAUUUGAUCAUCUCAUAAACGGAAAUCACAAAUAUAAACUGCUGAACAAACACUGCGAUAAUUUCCAAACAUAAUUUCACCCCCAAACAAUAAAAUAACAGACUUAGAAUACGUCCAAGAAUAAUAGGCUACUUCUAAUGAAGUUACACUAAUUAUUUUCCAACUGUAGCUUGUUUUGCUCUUGAAUAUUUUUCCUGGAAAGUAGCGAUGAGUGAAUUAGCCAUACACUAUGGAGUAGAGCUGUUGAGUGAGACAUAGAUUACAUUGUUUCUGAGUCCAUAAAUCACAGUAGUUUAUGAUUGAGGACGUAAUUAAAGAGAUUAAUGGCCGUAGUACAUGCACAAAUAAAAACAAUCUUCCUAUUGGGGGAUACCGGGAGUCCUCGGCCAAAAGCUGUAACUUUGUUGACGUUCUACAAUUACAUUUUAUAGCCUAUAAAACUUACAGCAUGGGGAGGAAGGGGAGUGCAUAGCCUACUACUUCACACUACGUAAUUCAAUCCGCUGUUGAAAGAGAUUCUUGAUUUUUGCCUCUUUAAAGUUUUAUUUGUUUAGUUUUACAGUAUUGAAACUAAACAAUAAGUGUCGACUAUGU